UGGAAUCAGCUCACUCCAUCCUCCGUACAAUUGAGUUGACCCCACCAGCCAGUUGAAGAAUCAGCCCCGAUGCAGCCCGCCGCCUCCCAUGUGACCUCGAGUCUCCGCCGUCGCCUCCUCUCCGCGUCCCGGCGAGCGCCGACCUCCCAGGCCGUCUCCCCCUUCCCCACCUCAGGUCGAGUUGCGAGGGAGAGGGAGCCAUGGGGCUCACCGGCGACGCGAUUGACGCCGUCGAGCUGCUUCCCCACCGCCCCGCCACCGGCUACUCCUGCCCCCUGCCCCCUCCCCCGUUCAUCCUCGUUUUUGCCUCGUCCACAGCCGCUGCUACAACAAGUUCGCGGCCUCUCCUCUGCUCGCCCCCUCCGCUUCACUGGCGAGGUGCUUGGCCGAGGUCGGAUUGGGGACAGCUUUGGUUCUCCGUUUGAUACCGUGAGUGUAGGACUCCAAAGUUUGACCAGGACUCCCUCUUCAACUUAUAGCCGUAGUUGCUCCAGUACAUAUGCGACUUCUUGUGCUACCAAGCCAGAAGCUCUACCGGUGGAAACACCGACGUCAGAUAUGCUUGUCGAUUCAUUUGGGAGGUUUCACAAUUACUUAAGAAUCUCAUUGACUGAGCGCUGUAAUCUGAGAUGUCAAUACUGUAUGCCUGCUGAAGGAGUCGAGCUCACACCAAAGUCAGACCUUCUGUCACAUGAUGAGCUAAUUCGAGUUGCCAGUCUUUUUGUUGCUUCUGGUGUGGACAAGAUCCGAUUAACUGGUGGAGAACCAACCGUUAGAAAAGAUCUUGAAGACAUUUGUUUACAUCUUUCUAGCCUGAAGGGACUGAAAACUCUUGCAAUGACUACUAAUGGGAUCGUUCUUUCCAAGAAGCUUCCAAGACUGAAAGAGUGUGGUCUUAACGCUUUAAAUAUUAGCUUGGACACAUUGGUCCCUGCAAAGUUUGAAUUCAUGACGAGGCGUAAAGGGCACUCAAAGGUCAUGGAAUCAAUAGAUACUGCCAUAGAACUUGGAUAUGACCCCGUGAAGAUUAAUUGUGUUGUCAUGCGUGGAAUGAAUGAUGAUGAAAUCUGUGAUUUUGUUGAAUUGACCAGACACAAACCUAUUAAUGUUAGAUUUAUCGAGUUCAUGCCAUUUGAUGGUAAUGUUUGGAAUGUCAAGAAGCUGGUCCCUUAUGCGGAAAUACUGGAUAAAGUGCGUCAACAUUUUGAAGGCGUAGAGAGACUUAAAGACCACCCUUCAGACACUGCAAAGAAUUUCAAGAUUGAUGGGCAUGUUGGAACAAUUUCAUUUAUUACAUCAAUGACAGAACAUUUUUGUGCUGGCUGCAAUAGAUUGCGACUACUGGCGGAUGGCAACUUCAAAGUAUGCUUAUUUGGGCCCUCAGAGGUGAGCCUGAGAGAGCCUAUUCAUUCUGGUAUUGAUGAUGCUGGACUGAAGGAAAUAAUUAGUGCUGCGGUUAAAAGGAAAAAAGCUAAACAUGCUGGGAUGUUUGAUAUUGCCAAGACAGCAAAUAGACCAAUGAUACAUAUUGGUGGCUAAGGAUCAGUGCCCGAGUUCCUUCUCAGCUGCGCGCAACUAAGAAAAAGUGUUAUUGCUGUUGUUUCUUGACAAAUGUUACACAUUUAGCUCCGGAAAGAGGCAACCCAGAAGUCAGAUACAGUUGUCAAAAUGCAGUCCUGUACUUGCGAAACAUCAUUUGAGAACCUCACACCGUUCAGUCUUGACAUGUUUGUACUUUUGACAACACAUACCACAGACUGAACUGUUUAUGUUGUACAAUGUAUCCUUCUCAAAUUGAACUGUUGCUAAGUUGUAUAAUAUUCAUGUUGUAAUGUAUUAGUAUUAUGGAAUGAAGAAAUUGAUUGUAUGCCA